UAAUUCAUGCAGUUUCUCUUUGCCUGACUAGAAAAAGGAAAUCAGUCUACUGUCUUCUGGUAGAACAGGUUUAUUUAGCGAACAGAACAAUGCAAUCUACACUGGAUUUAACAACGGAAGAAACUGUUAAGAGAAAGACUGUUAAGAAGUACAAAAUAAUUUGCAUUGUUCUUCUCAUUUUGUUGGCGGCUGUGUCACUUGCAUUAGGCCUGGUGGCUGGACUCAGACGACAAGAAGAGCAAGGCAGCUGCAGAAAAAAAUGCUUUGAUGCUUCACAUAGAGGACUAGAGGGCUGCCGCUGUGAUGCGGGAUGUAAAGGCCGAGGCGACUGCUGCUGGGACUUUGAAGACACCUGUGUGCAAUCAACUCAAAUAUGGACAUGCAAUAAAUUUCGCUGUGGGGAGACCAGAUUGAAAUCCAGCCUUUGCUCUUGUUCAGAUGACUGUUUACAGAAGAAAGAUUGCUGUGCUGACUAUAAGAUUGUUUGCCAAGGAGAAACCUCAUGGGUGGAAGAAGGAUGCAGCACAGCCCAGCAGCCUCAGUGCCCAGAAGGGUUUGACCUGCCACCAGUUAUUUUGUUUUCCAUGGAUGGAUUUAGAGCUGAAUAUUUACAGACAUGGAGUACUCUAAUACCUAACAUCAAUAAACUGAAAACAUGUGGUGUUCAUUCACAAUACCUGAGACCUGCCUAUCCGACCAAAACCUUCCCAAAUCAUUAUACCAUUGUCACGGGGUUAUAUCCAGAAUCACAUGGCAUCAUUGACAAUAAUAUGUAUGAUAUAAACCUCAACAAGAAUUUUUCACUUUCUUCAAAGGAGAAAGAUAAUCCAGCUUGGUGGCAGGGGCAACCGAUCUGGCUGACAGCAAUGUAUCAAGGUUUAAAAGCUGGUACUUACUUUUGGCCAGGAUCGGAUGUGGCUAUAAAUGGCACCUAUCCUUCCAUAUAUAGGGUUUACAACAGAAGUGUCACAUAUGAAGAGAGGAUCUUUACACUGUUAAAGUGGCUGGACCUACCCAAAGCUGAAAGACCCAAUUUUUACACCAUAUACGUGGAGGAACCUGAUUCUGCAGGACACAGUUAUGGACCAGUCAGUGCUGGAGUAAUUCAAGCCUUACAGUUGGUAGAUAACACUUUUGGAUUGUUAAUGGAAGGCCUAAAGCAGAGAAACUUACUCAAUUGUGUCAAUAUAAUCCUUUUGGCUGACCACGGAAUGGAUCAGACCUAUUGUGACAAACUAGAAUAUAUGACUGAUUAUUUUUCCAGUAUAAACUUCUACAUGUUUGAAGGACCUGCCCCCCGCAUCAGGACUCGUAACAUACCUUACGAUUUUUUUACCUUUAAUUCUGAAGAAAUUGUUAGGAACCUCAGUUGCCGAAAACCCGAUCAGCAUUUCACACCCUAUUUGAGUCCUGAUUUGCCAAAACGCCUACAUUUUGCCAAACAUGUCAGAAUUGACAAAGUCAAUCUUUUGGUGGAUCGACAGUGGCUGGCUGUGAGGAGUAGAGCAUAUUCAAACUGUGGAGGAGGCACCCAUGGUUAUGACAACGAGUUUAAGAGCAUGGAGGCUAUCUUUUUGGCACAUGGACCCAGUUUUAAACAGAAGAUCGAAGUUGAACCAUUUGAAAAUAUUGAAGUCUAUAACUUAUUAUGUGAUCUGCUACACAUUCAACCAGCACCAAACAAUGGUACCCAUGGCAGUUUAAACCAUCUUCUGAAGGUGCCUUUUUAUGAACCAUCCCAUGCAGAGGAAUUGUCAAAGUUUUCUGUUUGCGGCUUUACUUCUCCAUUGCCCACAGAUACUCUAGCAUGUUCAUGCCCCAGACUACAAAGUAAUUCUGAUGUUGAACGCGUGAAUCAAAUGCUACAUCUCACCCAAGAUGAAAUAACAGCAACAGAGAAACUAAAUUUGCCAUUUGGGAGGCCCAGGCUGAUACAGAAGAACAAGGAGCCCUGUCUCCUUUAUCACAGGGAAUAUGUCAGUGGAUUUGACAAAACUCUCAGAAUGCCGCUUUGGAGUUCAUACACCGUCCCUAAACCCGGAGACACAUCGCCUCUUCCUCCCACUGUCCCAGACUGUCUGCGGGCUGAUGUCAGGGUGGCUCCUUCUGAGAGCCAGAAUUGUUCCUUCUCUUUAGCAGACAAGAAUAUCACCCACGGCUUCCUCUAUCCUCCUGCAAACAAUAGAACUUCCAAUAGUCAAUAUGAUGCUUUAAUUACAAGUAAUUUGGUCCCUAUGUAUGAAGCAUUCAAAACCAUGUGGAAUUACUUCCAUAGUGUUCUCCUUGUAAAAUAUGCCAUGGAAAGAAAUGGAGUCAAUGUGGUUAGUGGCCCAAUAUUUGAUUAUGAUUAUGAUGGUCAUUUUGAUGCUCCAGAUGAAAUUGCAGAUUAUGCAGUCAACACCAGUGUUCCCAUCCCAACACACUACUUUGUGGUGUUGACUAGUUGUAAAAAUCAGAGCCAAACCCCUGAUGCCUGCCCUGGGUGGUUGGACGUCUUACCCUUUGUCAUCCCUCACCGACCUACCAACGUGGAAAGUUGUCCCGAAAAUAAAGCAGAAUCUCUUUGGGUUGAAGAAAGAUUCAAUGCACAUACUGCCCGCGUGCGUGAUGUGGAACUUCUUACUGGACUUGACUUUUAUCAGGAUAAAGGACAGCCUGUCUCUGAAAUUUUGCAACUAAAGACGUAUUUACCCACAUUUGAAACCGUUAUUUAACUUAAUAUAUGAAACAACUUUGGCAAAUUGUGAAUUAUUUUUUCCUGUUGAAGACCAUAAAAUAACAUUUUCUAUUUUCCUUAACUCCUCUAAAAGCUGUAUUGUGUAAUUUUAAUUAUUCUUUUCUCUUUUUCAUUUCUGUAAAAAUAUGAUGUUUUAAAGUUACACAGUUUGCACAAACUGUGCUAUGUUAUUCCUUCCUUAUUAUCUAAUUUAUAAUCCUUGGCUAUCUUUUUCUUCCCAGCAUUAGCUAAAUAGAAAACAGAGUAUGAGAAGUAGGUCUCACUUUUGAACCGAAUCAAUUCUACAUCAUUUUUGUUAUAAAACUUUUUACACUGAGCAAUCAGGCAAUAUGUAUUAAAAUAAAAAAAAUACACAUUGCCUUCAUUCAAUAAUUUCAUUUGUAAAAGUGGUGCCAACAGAUAUACUUUGUACAAAUGCGUGAAAGUAUCAUCUUUUAUGAAGACAAGCGGUAGCGGUGGUUAAGUUGUUAAGCCAUGUCCAGCUCUUGUGACCUCAUGGAGAGUAGCCCGCCCGGCUCCUAUGUCCAUGAGAUUUCCCAGGCAAAAAUACUGGAGUGGCUUGCCAUUUCCUUCUGCAUACAAAGACCAGAAAAUAACCUGAAAGUCUUAUUGAGCAAAUUAUAUGCGUGCAUGCUAAGUCGCUUCAGUUGUGUCUGACUGUUUGCGAUGCUAUAGACCAGUCCAUCAGGCUCCUCUGUCCAUGGGAUUCUUCAGGCAAGAAUACUGGAGUGGGUUGCCAUUUGCUACUCCAGGGGAUCUUCCCAACCGAGGGACUGAACUCGCAACUCACGUUUCCUGCAUUUACAGGCGAGUUUUUUUUUUUUUUUUUUUUACCGUUAGCAUCACCUGGGAAGCCCAGGUGAGCAAAUGAUGGAGUUUAUUCCACACUCCAGUGGAAUGUGGUUCCACUGCUAUAAACAAAGAAGUUGGUCUAUAUAUUGAUGACAGUAUGGCUAUUGUUAAAUGAAGCUCAAAGAGUGGUAGAAUAGCAUGUAUAGUAUGCUAUCAUUUUUAAGGGACUGGCAAAACUUCUUUUUAAGUGAAAGUGUUAGUCUCUCAGUUGUGUCCGACUCUUUGCGAUCCCGUGGACUGUAGCCCACCAGGCUCCUCUGUCCAUGGGAUUCUUCAGGCAAGAAUACUGGAGUGGGUUGCCAUUUCCUUCUCCAGGGGAUCUCCCCAACCCAGGGGCUGAACUUGUGUCUCCUGCAUUGCAGUCAUAUUCUUCACUAUCUAAGCCAAUCUCUUUAAGCUGCGGCUGCUGCUGCUAAGUCGCUUCAGUCAUGUCCGACUCUGGGAGAGCUGGAUAAUAAAAGUUUUUAGGCCAUACAAUAUGUUGCAACUACUCACCUCUGUUAACACAUCAAGGAAAUAGUCAUAGAUGAUAUAUAAAAGGAAUUAGUUUAACUGUGUUUCACUAAAACUUUAUUUACAAAAACAGAUGCGGGCUAGAGUUGGUCCAUGGACUGCAAUUUGUCAACCCUUGAUUUAUGUCUUAAGCCAGGGUGACACAAAUUAAUACUGAGAGAUGGAGAUAAAAUUUUUAUUUUGUGCCCUUUGACAUUGCCAAAAAAAAAAAAACCAACACUUACUUCAUAUAUAUGUAUCUGUUUAGUUUUUCAAAAUGUGAAUUUUUAAAAUUUAUUUAUUUUUUAUUGAAAGAUAAUUACUUUACAGAAUUUUGCUGUUAAAUGUGAUUAUUAAGCAAAGAGAUCCCAGUACUCAUUUGGUGGGUAAUAGUAUUGGUCAAAUUUUAGAAUUUGCAGACUGACAAUGUUCCACUCUUUUCUGAUAUAUAUAUACCAGUUCAUCCAAGGGACACAGGCUUUGUUGGUGACAAAAAGUCUUGUGGCCUGAGUUUCAAAAAGUUAUUACUAUUACUAUUAUGACUUCAACUGAAUUAAUUACAGCUAAGUUAAACGCUAGCUUGGGGUCAUUGGAUUUUUAUUAACUCCACAUGAAGAGUUGGAUUUAAAAUGUACAAUACAGAGAGGCUGAUGAAAGACAAGAGAAAAGAUGGAAACUGUUUCCAGCUAUGUGUCAGUCAAAAAUGUUGAUGCCCUGUAUAUACACAGAGUUCCUCCCAUCAGUGGUCCCUGGCCCCACCGUGGCCUGUAAAAUCACAUACUUUUGCAAAAAGAUCGUGUAAUGUACUUUUUUUGGUAUCAUUAGCUCAUUAAAAAGAUAUGUAUGUGUAAAAUCAUUCUGAAGGAAAGACAAUGAGUUAACAAUUAACGGAAUUACAGGAGAUUUACAAUUGCUAAUUUAUAACUUUCAUUAUGUAGUCUGGUUUUUAUGUUUUUAUAAUGAACUUGUUUGUAAAAAUGUAAAAAAUACAGUUAGUUGCAUUUAAAGAAAUAUUUAUUUAGAAAGAAUUUGAAAGACAGAAAGGUUGUAAGAAUAGCAUAAAGAACUCUGUAUAACCUCCACCCACCUUUACUAAUUGUUAAUAUUCUCACUAUGUAUAUUUAUGGAUAGCUUUAAUUUUUACCCUGAACUUUCUGAGUGUACAUUGGAAUCAUCAUUCCCAUUUAUGCAGCAAAAGUUCAGGGUGUAUCUCCUAAGAUCAAGGACAUUGAUACAACCACAGUCAGGAAGUUUAAUGAUGAUACAAUAUCAUUUUUUAAUUUCCAGAUCAAAUCUAGUUUUUUUUUCUCACCUUCAGUUAUGUCCUUUAAAAUAUUUAUUUUCUGUGACCCCCCUCACCAAACAGAAUCAUGCAUUGCAUUAAGUUUUCUUUCCUCUUUGGUACAACAUUUCCUCAGCCCCUACCAGGUAAUGUUAACAUUUUGAAGAGUUGAUUUAUUUUGUAGGCUGUUCCUCAGUUUGGGUUUCUCUGAUAUUUUCUCAUAAUAUUUAGUAUUUUUGGCAAAUGCAACAUCAGUGAUGGGCUUCCCUGGUAGCUCAGCUGGUAAAGAAUCUGCCUGCAAUGUGGGAGACCUGGGUUCAAUCCCUGGACUGGGAAGGUCCCCUGGAAAAGGGAACAGCUACCCACUCUAGUAUUCUGGCCUGGAGAAUUCCAUGGACUGUAUAGGGUCACAAAGAGUUGGACACAACUGAGUGACUUCCACUUUUUUUACAUCAAUGAUAGAGUGUCCUCAGUGCCUCAUUUCUGGGAGCACAAGAUGUUCAACUUUGUCGUUACUACUGAUGCCAAAUUUGGUCCUGUGGUUAUGUUGGUGUUCACUAGGUUUUUCUUCUGCAAAGAGAGUGUUUACUCCUUGUAAAUUGGGAGAGUUAUUUGUGUUGAGAUAGCUGAGAACCUAAAAGUAUCCUGUUUCUCAUUAAAUUUUUACCUGUCUUUAGUAUCCAAUAAUAAUUCUUCCUUGAUUCAAUUUUUACUAUGACAGUUCCAAAGGGUGAUUUUAAAAACUGCCAUUAUUCCCCCUACAUUUAU